AUGAUCACCGACGAUACCAGUUCAGCGCGCUCGGCGACCAAUCUCACCAGUGGGCUUGGUCGGGCGAGUGAGACCGAGGACAGCUCCCACUUUGCGAGAGAGUUGAUCAGCUCCAGUCAGACUGUCCAGCUGAUGAUGCCCAAUGCUACGAACAAAGUCGACUUUGCUUCGGUGCCCUAUGACGCCUUUCCGUUCGAAAAGCUUCCCGCGGAGUUGAGGCACGACAUCAUCAAAUACGUGCUCCCUCAGAACCUCAGCUUUAGGUUCAAAGCGUGUCGUACGAAGCGGAAGCAGAACGGAGAACGAAAGUGGAACGUGGAAGCUCGAAGAAUGGGCAGUAGUGGUAACUUUGCAACCUCACGUAAAAUGCGUGCUCACUUAAGGAUGUACGUGAGCUUGAUCCGUGUAAAGGCUAUGUCACAAGAAGCUAGAGCCAUCUUCUUCGACCGUAACGAGAUUUCCCUAUACAUUGACGGUCACAAGCGUGGUUCUUCCGUUCCAAUGGGCCCCUUUGGACUAUACCACAGCCAGGCACUGCUCCGUGAUAUGAGGAACAUCCGACUAGUGCUAAAUAUCAACGAGUCAACAGAUCAAGCUUGGGGUCCAUUCCGGGGGCGCUUACAGCAGAUUGUGAGAGAACUGAGGAGGCAUAGCGAGGAACCGACGGAGAAGUCGAGGCUUAAGAACUUGACUUUGGGCAUCGCGCGAUAUGGGCAAGACUAUGUCUACGAUGAUGCGCAGCAAGAGCUAGGUUAUGGAGAUAUUAUCGAGCGCGUGGAGAACUGCAUGUUUAUCUUCGAGGCCCUCACUGAGCUACGACAUAACGGAACCGUCAAGAAGGUUAAGGUUACUGGGGUUCCGCUCUGGUUCGCUAAGUGUCUCAAAGCCUCGAUCACUGGCAGGGGAGGCGACGUCUUUCAGACAACUCGGCACAUCCGGUACGUUAAGCGUUGGUAUACUUGUCUCGUGAGGAGGUCGCUCUUGACAGACUUCUACGAUGAACCGAUCUACGACUGGAAGGAGUUCGCCGAGCGCAAUGGGAUCGCUGUUCCGGCGGAUAUUGGGCGGUUUUGGGGUAUGAAUUAA